CUGAUUGCUGGCACCAGGAGAAAGUUCUGGAAAAUCACUCACACGUCAUUGGUGCUCUCCAUACCCCAUCAUCAUGGAAUGUGUAAAUAAACCCUGAACAGCCUGAGUUCUAAGACAGUGAAACUCUACAUAACUAGAGAAGCUGGGUGGACAUAGCUCCAUGCUGUCAGCUACCCUCAUCCUGAUCAUCACUGCUGCUGCAACAGCCCAGGACAAGAACAUGGACAAGCUGUUGCUUUGGGUGUUCCUCCUCACCAGCCUCACUGAAACCUUGGCUCAGACAGACCUCAGGGGGAAAGUCUUUGUGUUCCCUAGAGAAUCUUCGACUAAUCAUGUGAAUAUCAUCAAAGAGCUGGAUAAUCCCCUGCAGAGCUUCACCUUGUGUCUUCGAGCCUAUAGUGACAUUACCCGUGGCUACAGCCUCUUCUCCUGUAAUGCUAAAAACAGGGAAAAUGAGCUGCUCCUUUAUAAAGGAAAACCUGGAGAGUACAGUCUGUAUAUUGGAAAUAGCAAAGCUACAUUCAAGGUUAAUGAAGAGUUUCCAGCCCCAGUGCACAUCUGUACCAGCUGGGAGUCUUCUUCAGGCAUUGCUGAACUUUGGGUCAAUGGGAAACCUUUGGUGAAAAAGGGUCUGAGGCAAGGUUACUCUGUUGAUGCUCACCCCAAGAUUGUCCUAGGGCAGGAGCAGGAUUCCUAUGGGGGUGGGUUUGAUAAGAGCCAGUCCUUUGUGGGAGAGAUUGGGGAUGUGUACAUGUGGGACUCUGUGCUAUCUCCAGAAGACAUCUUGUUAACAUAUCAGGGUUCUGCCUUCAAUCCUAAUGUCCUAGACUGGCAGGCCCUGAACUAUGAAAUGAAAGGAUACGUCAUUAUCAAACCCCUGGUGUGGCUUUAAGUUCUUGAAUUAACAAGAGCACUUGAAAAUGACAUGAUUGACAGAUUUGCUUAGAGCAACUGGAUACCUGUACCACUCUCUUUGAAUUUUUAUCUACAUGUCUGUCUAAUAAAAACUAUUAUAUUAUGCCAUCCACAUUUGUU